CACCGAAAGAAAGCCACUACUGCAGGAUUACUGGACCUGACAUCUUCGGAUUUAUUCACGCCACCUAGUAAGUGAUUUGAUAGCGAUUUUAUUUGGCUUGGAUUAAGACCUGGUUAGUGAAAACGUUGCGGAUGACACCACUACUAAAACGUGGUCCGUUUAUCUACAGGUCGUCUGUAUUUCAAACAAUGACUUUGAACAAAAGCGACAAACUGCGGAGAGGCAGCACGCCUUUCCCCGUCAACAUGAGCCACCUUCACCGGAGGAGCAUGCCGGUGGACGACCGGGACCUGCGCGCCACCACUGUGCAGCCAAACGGACAAUGCGACGAGCUGUCCAAGCUGCUGCGCUGCACCUCGCAGAAGGACCAGCACCGGGGAAGCUGCGCGUCCGACUCCUCGGACUCGGUUAUUUCCACCGGAAGCGAAGCCGACUCGCAAGUGCAUAAAGUGGUUCUCCUCGGGGAGCACGGCGUGGGCAAGUCCAGCCUGGCACGCGUCUUUGGUGGAGUUGAGGACGCCGGUCACGACUGCGAUGAAGCAGGAAACAGUUAUGACAGAUGUAUCAUGGUGGAUGAAGAAGAAUCUUCCAUUGUGCUGUAUGACAUCUGGGAACAGGAUAACAGCCAGUGGCUAAAGGAUCAGUGCAUGAGGAUGGGCGACGCCUACAUCAUCGUCUACUCCGUGACGGACAAGUCGAGCUUCGAGAAGGCGUCGGAGCUGCGAAUCCAGCUACGCAGGGCCAGGCAGUCUGAAGACAUUCCCAUCAUCCUCGUGGGCAACAAGAGUGACCUGGUCAGGUCUCGAGAAGUGUCAGUUGAUGAGGGAAGCGCCUGCGCCGUGGUGUUUGACUGCAAGUUCAUCGAGACGUCCGCCUCCCUCCACCACAACGUGCAGGACCUGUUUGAGGGCAUCGUCCGGCAAAUCCGCCUAAGGAAGGACAGCAAAGAGGAGAACGCGCGACGCAUGGCCAACUGCAGGCGCAGAGAAAGCAUCAGCAAGAAAGCCAAAAGAUUUCUGGGCCGCAUGGUUGCACGCAACAACAAGAAGAUGGCGUUCAGGCAGAAGUCCAAAUCCUGCCAUGACCUCACAGUUCUUUGAGAACCAGAGUGGACACCAGGACGUUUCUUUGGCCUCUGAAGACCCGACGCUGUGUGUUUGUUUUUUUUGUAUUUAUUUCAACACUGACUGAAAUGGACUCGUUGAGCUGUACAGAAAUAUAUUUUUGAUUUUCAGACACCACAAAAAGUCAUGAAACUUUGCAGAUUCAUUUCAUUUUGUCCGCCUUCAAAUGUUACUGUUGAUCUGAUAAGCCUGGGUGAAAUCCACAAAGCACACACACAUUGCAAAGAUCACCUUUCCCAGUUUACUGGAAGAGAUUGAUGUAAAAAAAAAAAAAAAAAAAAGAUGCCGAAUUCAAGCUCCAUCUCAUU